CACGUGUGGACUGAUUAUCCGAACUCCCAUUACCGAUCUUACAGUGCCAAACACUAGAGAUCCUCUACUUCUCUGCUGCCUUAGACUCGCAAAGCUAUUCGUCUAUUCGUCCCAAGCUCAUCGUCCAUUUCGAAACCCCUGAGCUUCUGCUUCGCCGUCCUCAUGGGGAUGAUAGAGGUUGAGCCACCGAGUCCGCUCAGGUACAUCAUCGGAGCAGCGAUCAUGAUCGCCGGAGUUGUAUUACCCGUCGGUUAUAUGAUGUUCCGUAACAAGCGUGUUCCUUCUUCCUCCUCUUACUCCAAACAGACGUAGGAGCAAAGUUUUGAUAUAGAGUUAUAGAGAAUUGAGAGUGAGCUUUGGAUUCAGUUUCUGGGUUUUUUAGGCAAUUGGGAAGAUGGAAACACAAAGGCUUUGAGGGAUCUACAGAAGUAACCAAAAUGUAAAUUCGCAUUGGAACUUUGAUUUGUGCUAUAUGGGUUUGUUCAGAAAUUUAAUUCAGUUUUACAGAAUAACAUGCUUGUGUUUUGCCUAUAUAUGGAUUCAUUUUUGUCAAUAUAGUUUUCCUUUCUAAUUUUUUAAAUGACAACAAUCUUGUUUGUUUUCUUUCA